AUGUCGAAUAGAGUCUUAAGAAAGCUUCAUGGCGAUAAAGAUAUCGUAGCUAGUUUAGGGGUCGAAGGAAUGAGCGAAUCAGAUGAUGGAGGCAGUCAAGCUAGUGGAAUUGUCAAGAAGCAAUUAGCUGCGAAUCGAUUCGAAUUGUUAAAUAGUGUGGAGCAUUCAUUAUCUGAUACAGAAGCUAAAGAAGAUGAUGAUAGAGAAAAUGAAGUUUCGCAGGAGCAAGAUAAAAAUAAAUUAGAAAAGCAAGAUUCAAUUCAUAGCACAGAUAGUCUAAAACGAAAGAAAAAGAAGAAGAAGAAAAAAAUAAAGAGUCAGAGAAGUACAGAAGAUAAUCUUGAUGAUGCUGAAGAUGAAGUUGAAGCAAGUGUUAGAGAAGUUAAUAAAAUACUUGGUGAACCAGAAAAUAUUGCUGUCAGCAAUUCUGCUUCAGCUUCACCUUUGGAACAAUCACCAUUUUUACAAAAACUUCUUAAUGUUGAUCACAGAAAUUUAAAUCCUGAUAAUGAAAUGAAAAAAAUAUUUGGUUCCAAAGUCAUUCAAAAUGAACAAAGUAAAAGACGGGGAAGAGGGCGAGGACAUGCACGAUCUACUGUUUUAGUAACUCCUCGAAAUUGGCCUCAUGUUGGAAAACCAGGUAUAUCAAUGAAUUUGUUGGAAACAAAAGGAGAUACAUAUUUCUUUACAUUUGAACACAGCAAACAGUAUCAGUCAGUGCAACAUCAAUUCCUUGAUGCAGUGGAAAGCUUCAAUCCAGAUAAUAUUGUGGCCUUACUAAAUAUGCAUCCUUAUCAUAUUGAUGCCCUUAUCCAGUUUAGUGAUAUUUGUAAAAUGGGGGAGGAUUUUCAAAUGGCAGCUGAAUUAAUUGAGAGAGCUUUAUAUUGUUUUGAAUGCUGCUUUCAUCCUCUCUUCAAUGUCAGUCAAGGAAAUUGUCGACUUGAUUAUAGAAGAGCAGAAAACAGGUCAUUUUAUAUUGCUCUUUUCAAACAUCUUUCUUUUGUUGGGCAAAGAGGUUGCAACAAGACUGCACUAGAAUUUUGUAAAGUUAUAUUAGGACUAGACCCAAUAGAAGAUCCACUUUGUGUGAUUUUGAUGAUAGAUUAUUAUGCCUUAAGAUCUGCACAAUAUGACUUUUUAAUUCGCAUGUAUCAUGAAUGGGAAGCUGAAAGAAAUCUUUCUCAGCUUCCAAAUUUUGCAUUUUCUGUUCCAUUAGCAAUAUUUUUACAGUCAUCACAAGACAAACUCUGUGAACAGGCAAACACAAUGCUUCAGAAUUCUUUAAUUAUGUUUCCUGGCUUAUUAAUGCCGUUAUUGGAUAAAUGUGGCAUUCAACCAGAUCCUUAUGUUUCCAGUCAUCCAUUUUUUGGCUCAAAAUCUCAAAUAAACCAGUCAGCUGCUCUGUCUCAAUUAAUAGCUUUAUAUAUUGGACGAUGCUAUUUAAUAUGGAAAGAUCAAGAAAUUAUGUCCUGGUUAGAAAAUAAUGUUCAAGAAGUAUUACAAAGGGUUGAAGAUAAAGAUCCAUAUGUAGCUGAUUGUGAAGAAAAGCGUAAAAUACGUUAUAAAUCAACACCUCGUAAUAUUGUUCGGCACAUAAUUUUAUCUAACAUAAAAGAAGCAUCAGUAACAUUACCACAGGAUUUGACACAUACACCUAUAUUUGGAUUUGAUCCAUUGCCCCCAACUGAUGCUAUUACUUCUUAUUCAAGAUCUCCCAGGUCAAGCAUAGCUGAUGAUCAAGGAGUAUUGAGCAUGUUCUUCCGUUCAUUGCUUCCAAACUUUAAUCUUCCAAGAGAAGGAGCAGUGGCAGAUGCAGCUCCUGCUAAUAGAGAAAGUGGUGCGGCUGGUGGUGACAGGAACUCGGAUACAAAUGAUUUACGGCGUAGCGUCACCUCAUUAUUGGAUGCUAUGAGAGAUUUACUUAGUAACAUUCAUUUAGUGGAUGUGCCUAAUGAAGGUGAUGUAGACAGUAGUGAUGAUGAGCAUGAAGAUUGAAUCAGUUGUGAGUACAGAAUGUAUUGUGGAAUGUUUACAACGUAAAUAACUGUAAUGCAACAGAAGUUCUUAUAAAUAUUAACUGCGCAGUAAAGGGCAUUGUAAAGAAAUAUUUGUAAUUAAAAUUGUAAUUAGUUAUUUUGAGAAAAAUUUUUAUUUCUCAUAUUUAAUUUUGUGUAUAAGAGUAGGUAUUGUAUCAAUACAGCUCAAAAAUUGAUUUAUAAAACUCAUUUGAUACAUUAAUAUCUCAUUUUUAUAGCAUAAUGUUCCUAUUUCAUCUGUUUUAUAUUUGAUUUAGGCAAGUAGUUAGUGAAAUUUUACUAAUUGAUUCAUCUAAUGUUUUGUGCCACAAAAAACUUAGAUAAAAGUGUGAAAUUCAUAAAUAUUAUGCAAAAAUAUUUUUUUUAUUAACAAAUUAUUUUCUGAGUUAUAUUCCUUGAUGACAUUAUUGAAAAAUGUAUUAAUGAUUAUUUUUAUGGAAAAAUUACUGUAUUAGUUGAAACAUAAAUAUAUGCUGAAAAGUGUAAAAAUUGUUAAAGAAACUCAGGUUUGCAAAACAAAGUGAAACAUAGGCAUCUUACUGUUGUUUGAAUAAAUUUUGGAAAGAUUCUGUGUAUGUUAGACAUUUUAAACAUAGUUUUUCUUUAAAAUUGGAGAUCCUACUUUGUUUUUGUUUGUUUUUAAUUCAUAGAAUUUAUAUAUAUAUAUAUAUAUAUAGUAAUCAAAGAAUUUUGCUAUGUACCGUACAUGUAUAUCUAAAAAAAAAAGGACUUCCAAUUUAUUAUUUGAAUAAUUUUAUAUGUUUUAAGAACGGAAAUUUUUAAAGGCAAUAUUUAUUAUAUUGUAGAUAUAUUUUGAAGAAAAUAGUAUUUAUCAAAACAAAUCGUAUGAUCGUCGUGUCAAAAAAAUUUUUUUAAAGUUUUAUUUUCACAUUUGAUGUAGAUUCUUAGUGCUGAUGAAAACAAAACUGAAUCUGUGUAAUUUAUAUUAAAUCAUGUAAUCCAUGAUCUUAUCACAUUCAUAUUGUCUGUUAUAAUUAACUUAAUGAUUUAGUAAUUAUUAAAAUUAUUCAGAUCAUACUGAAUUAGGUAAUGAAAUAUCUAGAAAAAAAAAAGAACAAAAAAUUGAUUUAUAAAUGCUAUAACAAAAUAUUAUUAUUCUGAAUAUAAGAAUAAAUUUCUUAAAAUAAAUUCUUAUUUUUAUUGACUAAAUUAGAAUAAUGACAAUCACUUUACUUUUUACACAGGAUUCAUAUGCAACAAAAUUAUUUAGUUACAUAAUAGAAUUAUUAUUUUAGUGAACAAAUUAAAUAGUUUACUAUAUAAUUCUUAAUAUUG